AAGAAGCCAUCACGACUACUAACCGCCCAUUCCGCAGCGACCAUCACCUGCCAAUACCAACAAAAUGGCCCCUCAGAAGAGUACGUGAGAUCGAACAUUCCAAUAUGUCCCACGACAAAUGAACGAACUGCGAGUCGACUGCUCAAAAUGAGCAGACUCGGCGACACAUUCAGCUGUAGCAGACUUUUGCGAGUCCUCCAUGCACUGCAUGUGAGGGCGCCUGCUGAAUCAUCCACCUCGACCGUUCUUGGCGGAGCGCAUUUUGCGAGUCCUCAAUACUUCUGAUGGGGACUGCUCAAUCGCCCUCUUCGACCAUUCUUGGUGGACUCGACGAUGCAUACAGCUGCAGCAGAUAUUGCGAGUUCUUCUACAAGAGCGAUUGCUGAUGCGUUUACACACAGAGUCCGGCAAGGCCUCUGCCGCCGCAAAGGCUGUGUUGAAGGGAACCCACUCCCACAAGAACCGCAAGGUCAGACUCAGCACCACCUUCCACCGCCCCAAGACUCUGGUUCUGUCCCGUGCUCCCAAGUACCACCGCAAGGCUAUCAACCACGAGAACCGCCUUGAUGAGCACAAGAUCAUCAUCAACCCCUUGAACACCGAGUCCGCCAUGAAGAAGAUUGAGGAGAACAACACCCUCGUCUUCAUUGUCGACAUCAAGGCCAACAAGGCUCAAAUCAAGGGCGCUCUCAAGAAGCUCUAUGACAUUGACACCCUCAAGAUCAACACCCUGAUCCGCCCCGACGGUGCCAAGAAGGCCUACUGCCGCUUGACCGCCGAUGUCGAUGCUCUCGACAUUGCUGCCACCAAGUUGGCUCUUGUCUAAACAUGGUUUUGGUAGCAGGGUCGCAGAAAUGAUAUCCGGGAAUGUCAGCGUAUGAGGGCGGUUCAAGCCUGAGGAAUUCUUUGCAUCGAAAUGGCGUUCGCCUUGGGACAGGCUUAUGAGGACAAUGGAAAAUGAAAUUUACUUGCCGCCCUCCCACGAUCAUUCGUCGUUCUCCGUCAAUAUUAUCUACGUGACCACGUG